UUUAUUACAUCAUAUGUUUAGGAUAAGGAUAUUUCUGAAAUGAAGUCUACUUUUAUGAUUUUGAAACUACUUUCUUCUUGUUUUGUUACUGUCGCUGAAAUAUGCGCAUUGCUACUGUUUUUCCAAGUUGAGUGUAAGUCAGGUGAUCGAUUAAGGAGAUCGAAUCCAUUGGGACGAUCGAACAAUUUGCCAUUUGAGUCAACGACUACAGAGGACCUACUACAAAUCGCAACAAAUUCAAGCUUAGCAACUACAACAACAGAAACCACGACAGAAUGGACUACAAUGGAAGGCGGAUUGUUUGAAGGAUCAACUACCUACGAGUCAUCUGAAGCAACUACAGAAUCCAGCACGACUCAAGAUCCCUGUCAAACCGGGUAUCAAGAAGUGAAUGGAACUUGUGAAGAUAUAGAUGAAUGCAUUGUUGAGAGGAAUCUAUGUCCGAUGAUGCUGUGUAAGAAUAUACCCGGCGGAUACAUCCGCGUUUGUCCAAAAGGAUAUUUCCGCAGGACUGUUAAUAUAUGGUCGGGUGAAACAGACUUGGGUGGUUCAGAAAUACCUAGAAACAAUAUAGUUGCUUUUCCUUCGAGCACAACCACAUGUUUCUGUGCAACUAUCAUCAGUCAACGUUUCGGAUUUCCAUAUUCUCAAUCUCUGUCGAAUACCUCGUCACCUGAGUAUCAAAAUAUGACGAGUUUAUUGACACAAAGACUUAUGCACAGUUACCAAGUAACACCAUAUGGAUUUUAUGUUCUUGGAAUACAUGCGGUCAAGUUGACUAAAGGAUCCGUAAUACUAACCUAUGAAGUUUUGACCAGCGAGCAACUUACAUUACCAAUUUUCAAAAAAAUGUACAACAUAACUAUUGACACAAAUUUCUGGAAUUCGCUGCAAGGUUUACCGGGUAUUGUCGUGGAUGCUCCCAUGUCAGUCUCUCCUCUAUGCGUCGGAGAUACAUUUCAGUCGAGAAAAGUAGUUGGUAGAACAUACAGUUUUCCAAAUGCUGAAAUUCAUACGAUACAACGAUCUCAAGAAACGUGUUCAAGUCCAGGCUAUUAUGCUUUAAUCGAAUGCGCCCUUUUGGACGUCGAAGAAGGAGAGCCGAUAGGAUAUUAUGAUACUGAAACAUUGAUAGAAUAUUUCUGUGACAAAUCUGCUUCGGAAAUUGUUAAUGAGGACACCAACUAUACGAGUUAUACUCUUGAAUUGACCAUAGGGGCAUUGAGUUCCAUUUCAUCAAAUAUGGCGGACGAUGGUGUAAAAAACAUUGUAAACGCCCUGGACGUCUUACAGAAGGCUGCUGAAAAAGAUGAUAUCGAUAUAACGAAAAACACAAUGAUGUACCUACUGUCGAUAGUUGAUGACAUAUAUGACGCGGUGCAGAUGGAUUAUACAAAUGGUGUGGCAACUUUAUCAAACGAAGAUAAAAUGUCUUUUGCAAAAACGUUGGAAAUGUUCGCAUCUAAUCUUGUUAUGAAUGACGAUGAACUUACUGUAACUUCGAAUUCGAACGUUUUCACGGCACAGAAGAUCAAAUGUUCAAAAAAUGCAUCAUCAGCUAUCACAUUCAACCAGACGAUCUCUGACCGAACGAGAACAUUUCAACCCAACGUGCAUUCUGUAAUUCCAGAUUCUGCUUUUCCGAACUCAUGUAAUGAAACUGCAUUUGCAGUAUUUUAUUUGCAUAAAGAUGGGACCUUAUUUCCGAGCUUAACCAGAACAAAAACUACACUAAAUCAGGUUUUCAGUUCACAAAUUACCAGAACUAAGUUGAGUCAACUAUCAGAACCAAUAUCACACAAGUUUGGACAACCCAAACGAGAAACUGGACAAAAAAGGGAUUUUAUAACUCAUCGCUGUGCUUAUUUGGACUUAUCCGAUGGAGGCUGGAAAUAUGAUGGAUGCCAAACGUCAGUGACUGACUCAAUAACAACUACCUGUGACUGCGAUCACACAACUAAUUUUGCAGUUCUUGUACAAACGCAUGCAGUUGCAGGCAGCUACGCAAUCAAUAUCGCAAGUUAUGUUGGUUGUUCUUGCUCAAUUGCUGGAUUGACAUUCGUGCUGAUCAUCUAUUUGUCCAUUAAAAAACUUCGUGUUAGUCAAAUCAAUCAGAUUCACAUUCAUUUGAGUAUAUGUUUACUUGUUGCCUAUUUGACAUUUAUUAUCGGAGUCGAAAGACCUCGUUCGUAUAUACCUUGCAUGAUUGUCGGAGGAAUUCUUCAAUUCUCAUUUUUGUCUGCUUGGGGUUGGAUGUUUGCUGAAAGUAUAACAAUGUACAGGAAAUUUGUAUAUAUCUUCAGUCAUAUGUCAUCUAAUUAUGUAAUGAAAGCGUCCUUUAUUGUUUACAUUCUCUCACUGUUGGCAACCGGUCUAACAAUCAUCGUGGCUUACGUCACUGGAGAUAUGAUGCAAUAUGAAGGAUGGUCUACUGCCGCGGAUAACGAUCCCCAGUUUCAUCCGUCCUUUUAUGUAAGCGAUCGUUUAUGUUGGCUUCAUGGAUAUUCUUUGUAUUUUGGAUUCUUGACACCUGUUGGGAUAAUGUUCAUCGGAAAUAUUUUUGGGUUUAUCAAUAUCAUUCGAGUGUUGACGAAAUCCAACUCAGAGUUAAGAUCAACGAAAAUUCAAAAAAAUGAAACAAAGGAUCACGCGUAUAGAAUAUUUAUGGUGUCUAUUCUUCUUGGGAUCACAUGGAUAUUUGCUGUUCCACUAACAAUUACUGAUGACGCUAUUGUAAACGAAGUGUUUGGAUGGUUAUUUUCACUAUCAAAUGCUUUCCAGGGCCUUUUUAUAUUUCUUCUCUUCUGUGUGAAACGUAAAGAUGUUCGAACGCUGUGGACAAAAUAUCUGCCUCAAAUAAACCUCAGAAAAUCAUCUGUAUACGAUGUUCAUAAUGCCACAUCAACUGCGUCUACAGGAGUUGGAACUCAGUCACAAACAGAUGGACCAACCCUGAAUCAUUCUACUGCGCUCACUUAUAAAAAUAUGCAAAAUUUGGAUGAAUCACCAUCAAACAAAACCAAUAACACUCAAGAUCCAAAAAGUACAAAAUAUUCGGCUGAUGAAUCAGCACAACAAGAUGAUCCUACAAUAGAUCCAUCUUUAAUGACCGAAAUACAUCUCAGCCCUUUGAAAAGUAAUCCCGAUUAUUCGACGUGACGUUUAUAAACGAUUGAAUGAAAUUACUACUAUUCAAGAUAUUGUUUAAUAAAAUUUAUAUUAUACCAAUUCUGUCAAAAAUUCAUUUUAAAGACUCAAAAAAUAUUGAAGGAAGACGUAACCGAACCUUUUCCAUUUUUUAUGAGAUUGGCGUCCGUCACUUAUAUAGCGUGGACGCAUUUCCAACUUCAUAUUAGAUAUAUAUACAUUGCUUAACUACAAUUUAUAAGCAUUUAUACAUUUCAAACCACGGAUGCAACUGACGAGUAUUAUCAUUGUGCCAGUAUCGAUAAAAAGGUAAAAUUACAAAUGGGACGAAAACUGAACGAACGUUCGUUUCAUUCGCUUUUUUGGACCAAUACGUUCAUUUGUUUCUUUUCCGUUUAUUUUUCACUACUCAUUUCUAUUAUUGAGCAUAUCAUGUUUAACCUUUGCACAAAAUAAAUAUUUUAUUAAUUCAAUUUCAUCAACGUUUUAUGAUGAAACGUUUUAUUUAUUUUGUUUAAAUAAUAGU